AUGCCCUCUGCGCCUCCCUCGCCAAUUGCAUCGACACCCACGCGCGUCGACGACUACUACUCGGCGGACGAACAGCCUUACGUCGACAAGGAUGGUGUAACGCGCUUCCCGACGCCAGAGCCCGCUGUUCCGGCGUCGGCUCUUCCUCCGAAUGUUGCCCCAGGAAUGCUGGACAUUGGGCCACCGCCCGAUGGUGGGCGCGAUGCGUGGCUCGUCGUCCUCGGUUGCUUCCUCCACCUCUUCUGCAUCUUCGGCUUCAUCACGUCGUAUGGCCAGCUCGUGCCCUAUUACAUCACCCACCAGCUGGAGGGGUACAGUCGAUCGACGGUGUUGUGGGGUGGCACCGUACAGACGUUGAUGGUCUUCGGCGUCAGCGUGUUCAUGGGCCGCUACUUUGACGUCCAUGGGGCCCGUACUCUCAUCAUCUCUGGCACAGUGCUCGCAACCAUCGCGCUCAUCGGCCUCGCAUUCUCAAAGGAGUUUUACCAGAUUUUCCUGUCCAACGCGGCGUUCGGUCUGGCUGGCGGCAUCGUUUACUCGCCAGCUACCGCCGUUGCCGGUCACUGGUUCCUCAAGCGCCGCGCCGAGGCUGUCGGCUUCAUUGUCGCUGGCUCGGGUUUGGGCGGCGUCAUGUACCCCAUUAUGCUUAAAGAGAUGCUGGAAAAGCUUUCGUUCCGAGACACGAUUCUCAUCAUCAUGGGCUUCAACCUCGUACUCAUGCUCCCUGCGUGUUUCUGGAUGAAGGCGCGCCUGCCGCCUCGCGCGCCGCCACCCCUUUCGGCGCUGAAGAAGCCGUGGCGCGAGAGCCGCUACGUCUUCCUCUGUCUCGGCACAGCUUGCUACGCCAUGAACAUCAUGUCGCCGUACUUCAAUGCCGGUAUCCUAGCGCAGGGCAACAAGACCUCCCCGGAAAUUGUGGCUUACGCCGUCGCAAUCCUGCAGGCCGGCUCGUUCGUCGGGCGGAUCGCCGCUGGGCGACUGGCUGACCGCUACGGUGUGUGGCUUGUCUUCGGUGCCAUCCCGUUCGCGACAUCCGUCACGCUCUUCGCUUUCUGGGUGGGACCUGUUGGCACAGCACCGACAAUCAUCGGCUUGGUGCUCUACGGCGCGUUCUCAGGCGGAUGGUUCACGCUUGCUGCGGCGGCGACAGCAGCCAUCAGCCCGAUGGAGGAGAUCGGGAGUCGUAUUGGCAUGAUGUGGAACGGCAUCGCACUGCCGAUGCUCAUUGGGCCCGUCGUUACUGGCCGGCUCAUCGAGAUCGGAGAUAACACGUUCAAGUACGCCGGCAUCUGGGUGGGGUGCACAAUGUUCCUCGCCGGGUUACUAUCGAUCGGCCCACUGGCUGUCGGCUUCCUCCAGCGUAGAGGAGGCAAGGAUAUGCAGGGUGACCACGUCGAGGCUGUUUCGACCACAGACGCUGAAACAGCGCCAGAAUCGAAAACGCCUGGUGCAUCUUCUUGCGGGAAGAAGCAAGGACAGUCGUAA